UGGCUUUAACUACGCGCAAUGAUACUAUGGAAUGCUCUCGUUCCCGAGAGUUCUCAUCUGUCGUUCUUCACUUUCGUUCCGAUCUCGCGGCAUAGGGAGUCAGAUUGUGAAAGGAAGAUGCGUUAUUAUAAGGGAUAAGACGACAUUCCUUUUAUAUUCGCGCUACUCGGUUUAUUUGGUGAAUAGUCACCCUCAGUUAUCUAUGGUUAUCUACAAAGAUUUGUCACCCGAGGGCACACCGUACCUGAAGGUGACGAAUGAACAAAGGUUUAUUUACCAGAUGUUUCGAAUGAGCCGUUAACAAAAUAUUCGUUCAAAGCUUCGAACAAUAAUGGAGAACAAUUCCUGAAAAUCCCCGAUUUUGUAAUACCUUCAUCCUGACUCACCCCUGCACCAACCGUGUGAGGCGUGGCAGUUUGCCAGCAGUCCGCUUUGCGCCGUUUGCACCUUAUUUGCGGUUUGUUCGACCCACGGCUGAUUACAGUUGUUGAAUCAGUUACCCAGAUUUAUUCACAUUGUCUGUAAAAUAACACGUCUGUGGUAAGAGUGGCAUCGACCAGGAAAACUUAAGAAGUAGUGAUAUUCCUGUGAGCACUAUUUUGACUGGUUGACAACGAUAAAUAUUAAAGGUCUCAGAAUGGGGAAUCGUGAAAGCAGAAAUGGACGAGAUGUGGCAGGGCUGCACCAAGGACUUGAGCUUCUAGGUCGUGGAGCUCUGCUUGUAGCUGAAAGUUCCCCUUUGUUGCUAGAACACUGGGAACAAGUUGAACAGCAACUGCAGAGAAUGGAGGCAAAAGUAGCUUCCCUUCAGCAUAGUGUGGACCGAGUAGAAGCUCAUCUGGGAAGAGUGGAAAAUGAACUGGCAAGAUUGGGAAAUAAAGACCAACACAGAGAGAUGCGAAUGGUUGCACUGGAGAAGAGCAUUGAGAACGCACUUGUUCGCAUGUUUCCGCGUGUGGAUGCUCUUUUGAUCCAGAUAGAAAAAAACAAAGAUAUAAAACUCAUGAGUAAAGAUAAACUUGUGAAAAGUAGACAAUCAUCAGUGGAUAAUUCUCAAAGUUGUAGUUCAAAUAUAUUUGUUCAACACCAAAGUUGCUCAGGUACAGAUGAAGCAAGAUUUGUUCAAAAGUCAGAAUGUCCAAUUAAAUGUGUGUCCUCUUUCCCUCUCUCUCCAUCUCAACCUGGUGUUUCUGCCCCAUACAGCUCUUCCGUGUACGAAGAAUGGGGAGAAGGUUGGGUGGGUGAGCUGGAUAAUGCUUUGUUAGAAGCAGCAAAGGAAGGCAGAUCUGAGGAUGUCCAGUGCCUGAUAGCUUCUGGUGCUAAUAUUAACACUGAAAAUGUUCAACAGCGAACCCCCUUGAUGUUGGCUGCAUAUGAAGGUUAUUCUGACACCUUACAAGUUCUUCUGAGAGCUGGGGCGGAUGUUGAAUGCCGGGACAUGAACGAAUACUUACCAUUACAUGCAGCUGCAUGUAGAGGCCAUGAGGGGGCAGUUCACGUACUUGUGGAAGCAGGUGUAGAUAUAAACGCUCGUGAUGGAGUAACAGGAUCCACAGCUUUGGUUCUGGCUGCCAGCAAAGGCCAUGCAGAAUGUGUGUGUAGGUUAUUGCAAAAUCAUGCCGAUAUAGAAUCAAGAGAUGAUGAUGGAAUGACAGCAUUGCAUAGAGCUGUUAUGUAUGCUAAAGCUACAUCAGUUGCUCUGUUGCUUGAUGCUGGUGCAGAUGUAAAUAGUGUAGAUCAACGUGGUUGGUCACCAAUAGAUUAUGCAUUUCGUUCAGGCACAGAAGAAAUACAACAAGUAUUGUCAGGAAGGAGAAGAUCUGAUGUUGAGUGGCGACCAUGGGCAAUGGUGGGAGUCGAGAUGCAGUUGAUGUUGCAACAUUACGCCAAGGCUUGGAACUUAUUGGGCGUUGGGCCCUUCUGCUGGCUAGAAAGUCACCACAAAUGAUAGAUCGGUGGGAGGAGCUUGAGGAACGAUUGCAGACAGCAGAGGCAGACAUAGAAAUACUGCAGGACAGCAUGGGCAGGGUGACUGAGCGGUUGACAAGGUUGGAAGACAGAGAGAAAGCAAGGGAAGCAAGAGUUGCAACUCUGGAAACUUCCAUUGAAAAGGCCCUUUCAACUAUGUUUCCUCGUGUUGAUGCUCUUCUGACUCAUCUGGAACAGCAGAAUAACUCAAACAACACCAAAACUGGUAGUGCUGAAAAAGAGAAUAGGUUGGAAUGUACAACAGACUCCGAUGGCAACUCACAUGUUGCAGUUCCUGAAAUUUCAGAAAGUGGCUUACCAGUUGCAGAUGUUCACCCAGGUGAAACCCCAGUAGUAAAGAGUUCACUUGUGUCUCUGUCUCGUGUAUCUGGUGUUGCAACUGCUAUGAGUUCAGCAAGUGAUGUGUCAGCAACUCUGGGCAAGAGAAAACAUCAGCCAAAAGUAAUGACAGAACAGUUGAACAAUUCAUCAGGUCGAGUUCCAAGCAUUACAUCCCAGAGUUCUCCCUUACCAGCUAAGAGAUUAGCUGCAGAUACAAACUCAUCAGAUUCCGCUACUCCUUCAACAUCAUCCACACCUGAUGCAUCUCCCACCCCUUCCACUUCCUCCACUUCUUCCUCUGUGCACCAAGACGACUUGGAAGACGCCUUGCUUAGUGCUGUUGUUGCCGGCAGAGUUGGUGAUUUGCGCUGCCUCUUAGCUGCAGGUGCUGAUGUAAAUGUUGUGAAUAUCUAUGGUCAAACACCUGUGGCUUUGGCUGCAUCUCGAGGAAAUACAGACUGUCUGUCCACUCUCCUUUUUGCUGGUGGUGCCGUGAACAGUGAAAACCGGGACUCUAACGGUCACUUGCCCAUUCACGCAGCUGCCAUUGAAGGGCAAGUGGCUACUCUACCUCUGCUUCUCUCAGCUGGUGCUGACAUAAACGCAAGAACUGCACCAGCCGCCCACACCCCACUCAUGUUGGCGGCAUCUCAAGGCCAUCAUGAUUUUCUCUCUGUGCUUCUGCAGCAUGGUGCAGAUGUUAACGUGCAAGAUAAUUCUGGUGAAACAGUGCUACACAAGGCAGUUAGAAGUGAUAAUAAACAGUCUGUGUCUUUGCUUUUGGAUGCAGGAAUCAAUGUGAACCUUGUUGAUAAGUUGGGUCAUUCUCCUUUGCACCAUGCUCAUCGAUUGCAAAGAAAGAAGAUAAAGAAGAUGCUCAUUUCAGCUGGCGCCAGGAAAAUACCUUAAUUGUAAAUAAAUGUGUGUGUAUGUGUGUCUUUUUGACACUGGUUAUUGGAAAAUCUAGUUAGGUUGCAAGUCAGAGAGGACCAAGAAAAGCAUUAAUACUUAUUUGUCUUCAGUACUUGCCCUCUCAUUUUUCUUGUAGUUUGUUAUAGUCUUUCAAUGUUCAUUUGCCGUGAAAGAAUAUUUUUUGUUUGCAAUAUAAGAAAAGAAAAUAGAAGCAAAUAAGACUUCGACCAUUUAUGUUGCAAACUAUUGUUCCACUGUCGGGUAAAGCGUUCUUGUAAGUAUUUCAGUGUCUUCCAUCUUUUUGAAUUAUUAUUUCAUUACAGCCUUUGGACUGUGGAUCACGUUUGCUCCUGAAGACUUGCAGACCACCAGAAAUUUUUCAGUUUUGGAAAUACAGUAGUCUCCCUCCCCAUCACUGUAAAUUAAUGUGAAUAAAUUAAACCAAAAAAAAAAAAGAAAAUGUAAACUACAUCUUCAGUAUCUGAAUGCAUUUCAUGAAGACAACUGACAAUUUUAGCAUGCAAAUAUGUUAAAAGACAAUGUACCCAAUACAAAUGGUUAUUUUAAUGCUGAGGUACAUUAUGUUCUGAAGAAUGUAUAGAUCUAAUUCAUGUGUCCAGAGCUCACAUAUCAGUACAUUUUCUCAUUUGCUUAACAAUUAAGUGAAAGGAUACAAAAUUUGUUAGAUCAUUCUAACAAAUUUCUGAAUAUUUAUUUGCCAGUAAUUUUCCUUAAUAACAUAUGGGGAUAAAUGAUAGCAUUUUCAUGAAUUUUGGGGGACUACUGUAUCCUCUUAGUUUAUUAAAAUGAUUUUGCUUCUUGUGACCAGGACUUGAUGUUGAACUGCUUUCAAGAAUUUAAGCGUAUGUCCAGUAUUUGUACUUACAUUUCAUUUUCUUUCUAAAACAUUUCUUCUCCCGUUGCAUCUGUGUGAAUUCCUAUUUAUUUCUAAAACACGUUGGCUGCCACAAUAAUCAUGAAAAUGACUAACCUUUUGGCCGAGCCCUUUUUAUCCGUAUAUAGGAUAGAGAUGUAAUCUUUACCAGAAAUCAAGCCAUGAGAAUCAACACUUGAUUUACCUAGGUGCAUGUCAAAAUUAUAUUCUGUUAUUACAGCCGUAUAUUUUAAGCUCCCUUAAUGUAACACUGAUUUGCGAAGCGAACAUUGCUUUUUACGGCUAUUGAAACUCAUCAUGACUGAGAAUCAACUGUUGAUGCUUAAAGCCAUUCUCAUCAAUUCAAUGAGCAUCACCUUGUGCUUCUGAUGACAGCCAACGUGUUAACCAGCAAGUUCUUAUGAUGGUGACAUAUUCUGUCAGUGGUUCUCAAACUUGUGUAUUCAGGAAUUGUAUGGGAAUAUUUGAAUAAACCAACAAAACCUUGCAUGUGGUGUUUCUGAAAUUUGCUGUCUUAGGAAAUAAAAGCUUUCAUCCAGAACAAUAAUGCUGUAAUGUGUAUAGGUGUAUGUAUUAUUUACUGUUUUAUUGUAUGUAUUAUUGCAAUUGUGGUAACAUCUCUUUAUAUACAUUGAAUGCAGAAGUUAAUGUGACUACUGAUAUGUUGGGACUACUUACAAGUUAAGGAUUGAGCUAAAAAUGAAAACAAAAUAAAAAGCUGAGUGUUUUGUUCAUUUAGUGUUCUUCAAAUUUUAAAAAUCUGUAAAUUUGAUUAAUGUUGUAAAAUGUGAAAAUUGGUUCAUUGUGCAAAUUAAAUUGUGUGGUUGCUAAUUAUUAAUAACAUAUCUGACUACGAGAACCACUUAGAAUUAUGUUAAUUUUGUCUUCUGAAAUUUUGUACAAGGAUUUUGUUCAUGCUGUCUGCAAUGCACAGUAUUUGCCUUUGCUGCAGUUCUGUUCUUUUCAUUGUUGAACCAAAGCAGCAUGCCUUUUUUAGAGAUGGCAGAUAAUAUAAUAUAAUAUAAUAUAUAGAGAGGAGUUACUCUAGAAGGGACCACUUUGACAGGUCAAGAAACAAAUGAACGCCAUGCAAGGGGGAUGACAUUGCAAAAGAAGUGAUACAGCCAUUUAAAAAUGAGCUAACUGUAAAUGAAUGCACUGACAAAAGGAGUGCAUAGACCUAACGUGCAAUUAAAUUGCUAGCAGUGGCCAAGCAGUCGCUGUCAAAGCAGCCCCUUCUUUCAAUAAUCACUCUAUAUGUGUAAUUCCAAAUUUCUCUGAUUUAGUCCUGUCUUUCAUUUGUCUUUUGAUGAAUCCAUUAUUAAAAAAAAGAAUAUUUUUAUGAAGGGAGAUUUUUCUAUAAAAAGGAAAAAAUAGACAUAUCUAAAAUAUGUUUUAUUAAUUGAAGAAAAGUAAAUUUGAUGUUUCAAAAACUGGAGAGGAAUGUGGAAAAGGUUUGCCUUUUUAUGUUUCCUUAUUCUUAAUUUCACAACUCUCUUUGAAUCUCUCUUUACAAAUUUUAAACAAACAAGAGGUUAAGAGAGCAGUCAGAUUUUAUACUGUAGGUUUUUAAAAGUGAUCUUAAGCAGGGGAGGGCAGCUGGGGCAACUUGACCCAGGCCCUGAUUUAAUUUGGACCCAGAUUCCCCCCCGCCCUCCCCCAUUAAAAACAAAUAAAAAGUAAAUUUACUUCUAAUUCGAAGUAACUGCUAAAAAUUGUUUUUGUUGAAUGGAGAAAUGAGUUAGAUUUGUGAAUUAGGGAGGAUUAAAAUAUUUGUUUGAAAUAAGGGAUCCCCAGGCAUGGAUGUACUGCCUCAGGCCUCAUGAUUUCUGUGGUUGCAUGUGUCUUUAAGAGGUGUUCUAGCAUCUGUGUUGUCAGUGUUUUGCUGUUUUGUAUCCUUGCCUGUUUUCUAUUCUUCCCUUUGAACUGUACUUGUAUGAGGUUACUCAAUACUUUCCAUUCUCUGUUGUUUUUAAGUACUGUUGAGGAUCAUUGCCAAAGUUUGUCAUUUGCUGGCUGAGUUUUCACACAAUGUGAAAAAUACAGUGAAACUUGCUAAUUAAGCAUUCUUGACUUUGAUUUUGUGGCCACCCAGCCAAUUUUUGGAACCAGUGGUGACUGCUUAAGUCAGGUUUCACUGUAGUAAUGUGUUGUGAAAUUGUAGUUUGAGAAGUGAUUGAGGCGACAUGAAAAAGAAAUACUAGUUGAUGAAUGGAGAAUAGAAGUGAAAAACAAAAACUGAUUACUUUAGAUUAUAGAUGUUUCAGAAUAAGUUUUACAUACAUCAUGGGCAUGUAGGAGAGUUGAAAAUAAUUUUUUGGCAGAGAAAAUGCAAAGAUGCACAUAUGGCUUUCCCCCCUGAUUGGUGUAGGUAGCUUGUUAUGCACUUGUUUGGCAGGUAACGUUCUGAAGCGGCCAGAGAAAUUUCAUGUGCUUGUCGAACUCUUGUGCAUGAUGUGUUGCUAAAGUCAAGGCCAAAUUGCACAUGUGCAGCUUUGUUACAAUGAAAUUUCUCAUCAAUUUUUUUUUUUUUUUAAUGACUUAUUUAAGGUGUUUCUGGAACCAUUGUUAGUAACAUUGCGGAAUAACGGUAAUGAUAUAUAGACACACAAACAUCCUUGCCCCGGGCAGAAUUUGAAAUCACGGCUCUUCAGGCAUGAGGCAGCUAUGUCUCUUCAGCCUUAGUGGCCUCAGCUGUCCAGGCCAGCCUUUUCCCUGACACUGGCAAAAAUCAUUAAUCUUUGAGCCCCCUAGAUGUUCUAGAAAAUUGUAACUUUUUUUUUUUUUUUUUUUUUUUUUUUUUUUUUUUUUUUUUUUUUUUUUUUUUUUUUUUUUUUUGAGACUUUCUUUAUAAAUUUGAUUUGUUAUGCUGUUACAUAGUAUUGCAUAUCCACCAACUGAGUUGAUAAUCUGCACAAGUUACUUCUAUUUCUUUAAUGUAUUUUUUUCUGUUUUUCCUCUUCCAAAGAAUAAUUUUGUUCCAGAUUUAAUUUAAAAUUACUCGUUAUCUUUCUUUUGAAAAAUGUUAUUACUUGCAUUCAUGUGUAUCAUUUGUGAUUUGAUAGAGCAAUUGAUAAAUAAAUUAGAAUUUUAUUUCUGGAAAGGGGCUUGGACAAUUGUAGGUUUGUUUUCAAUGUUCUUUGAACAUACAUAUACAGUGGAGCUGCUGUUUGAGUUGCCAUCUCUCUCCUUUCCCAUUAAAUUAUUUCUGUGAAUUAUUAGCUAUAGAAACCUAAAUUAAUGAACAGGAAAGUAAAUUUAAUAUUUCCUAGACCACAUAAUGACAUAAGAGGAAAAGUCUAUAAAACCUAAAAGAGUUGUAGAACUGGAGGUAAUUUGAUGGCCACUUGUGUUCUUGUCAGAAACUCGCCUAUUUUGAAGCUUGGUAUGCCACUGAAUGAAUCUCAUUAACAGAAAAUCAGUGUGUAUCAAUAUGGAAAUUUUCAUUUUGUCUUGAGUGCAUCUUCAAUUAUGGUUUUGAACUGAAAUUUUUUUAAUCAAAAAUAAUUUUUUAUAUUUCUCAAGAUAUUACCAUAAUGUUGAUAAUCUUAACUUUCUCUUUUUCUCUGCCCUGAAAAAAUCUGUAAAUCUUGUGUGUAUUCCUUUUUAAUAUUUAAUUUAUAAUCAUUUAAUUGUAUCCUUUAUUGUUGUCAAUUGGGAAUGAAUUGUUAUUGAUGUACCUUUUGAAUAAAAUCGUGGAUUUGUCUCUGAACACUUCAAGUAUUAUCUGUGAAGAUGAAUUGCCAAAGCAUUAUUUAUUUGACUGAAUGUUAAUUUAAAAAAAAAAAAUUAAAAAAAAUAAAAAAAUGAAGACUUAGUGUUUAAAAGCAUGUAAAGCUUAUAAAGCUAACUGCAAAUGACGAUAUUGACCAUUAAAAUGUCUCUCCUUCCGUUACUUUCUGGAGUCGUAAUAUUAUCCCAAAACUUCCUUAUGAUAAAAAAUAUACAUAUAUCUAUGUAUGUGUUUUAUGUAUGGAUGUAUGUAUACGUGUAACGUUAUAAUGUCAAUUAUUUAACAUCAACUUAUUAGCAGGUGGUCAUGUCAUAAAUACAUACUACUGAUAACUUUGACCAGAGGCACAUUAAUGUUUGUGUGUUUGCUUAUAUUAUUGUAAUUAUUGUUGAGGUAUCAGAUCAUUGUUUUAUUAUUUUGUGUUGUAUUAAUGUUGUAUAUUCUCCUAACGUGAAUCUUUCAAUUGAACAUGUGUUAUUUUGUGUAGAAUUCCUUGUUAUUAAUAUGGUUAUAGAAUUUAUACAUCAAACAAUAUUGAAAGUUGUUUGAAAGAGGAAAAAAAAAAAAAAAAAGUUGUAUGUUGUAUAAAUAAAUUUGUAUAUGUUAAUUUUGAAUUUUAUAUUAAUCUCUAUCCCAAUUUGGUCAACCAUUUCUUCGAUUGUUGAAUAGUCAUGCUUUUGUUGUAUUUUUAUUCAGUACAAGUGGUUGAAGUGACUCUUAAUAUAAUUCAUAUUCAUUUAUUGAUAAGGAAGAUACUUUGCUAGUCUUUAAUGAAUAAAAAGUUUACAAUUACAAUUUAUGGCUUAAGCCUGUGUAAUAUUAAUUCACAUUCUGAUAC